AUGGGCAGUCAAUCCUCCUCCCACGAGAACCCCAUAAUCUCCGACGUCCUGCCCAAGAACCGCCUCAUUAACAUCUACGCCUCCCUAACCCGGCAAUUCGACUCGGUGGAGUCCCGCUUCAAUGAUCCCUCAAGCAACGUAACAGUCCUGGCGCCGCGGAACAGCGCGAUCCAGAACCUGCCGCGCAAGCCGUGGGAGAAUCCCGAGGACUAUGAGCGGUUUGGGCAGGCCGGGGCGUAUGAGGGCGAUGAGGGGCAGGAUCGGGCAACGAAGAAUCUGGAGAGGUUUGUCAAGGCGCAUGUUGUUGUCGGGAGUCCUUGGGGGGAGGGCGAUGAGGGGGUUACCCUUGCUGGAGAGAAGAUUCAACCAGGGAAUGUGGAGGUGGAUAGUAUUGCUGAGAAGGUUUCGAAUGGGGAAUUGUGGAUUCUGAAUGGGGUGGUCAAUUAUACCUAG